AUGUCUGCCGGGUCUGCUCACUCGCCUCCAGUGCCGGCACCGGGCCGGCGUAGGAGGGCCUUGUCCGAGCUGCUGGUGGGAAGAGUCAAUAAACAAAAGUACAAGCCUGAAAGGGAACAGAAACUCCAGGAAGCAGCUGUGUAUCUCCUGAAAUGCCAUCAGAACUUGAAUGACCUAUUUCUUGAGGUAGACAGUACACAAUGUAAAAAAACAUUGUGUUUUAGCAAUUUAAUUGACCAUGAAAGCCCUGGAGUGCCAAGUACACAUUCUAAGUCAUUUGUAGUCUCUGCUCUACAGGAACAAGCUUCAAAGAUAGGUGUUCCAGUGGGAAUCCUGUCAGCUCAGACAACUGCCUCCAGCCUCCAACAGCUAUGCCAGGUUCCAGAGGGAUCCCAGCAGGCCGCUCUACUGAACUUGGAACAGCGGAAGAAAUUAUCCUCCUUGCUAGAUAUUGCUCAAGAUUUAUUGGAACGUGGUCUCUUUUGUCGUGUUUCUUUCUGUCAAGAAAUUUGGAAGGUCCAG